AUGGCGUCUGCUGAUCUAAGAGAGGAGCUGGAGUGCUCCAUCUGUCUGAGCAUUUACGCGGAUCCUGUAAACCUAAAAUGCGGACACAAUUUCUGCCGAGAGUGUAUUGAUCGCGUGCUGGAUAAACAAGAGAAGUCUGGAGAAUAUUCCUGCCCUGAAUGCAGAGAAGGUUUUACGAAACGUCCUGCACUGCAAAAGAACAUAACUUUGUGUAACAUAGCGGAACGUUUUUUGUCCCUUCCGCCAAGCCAAGAGGAAGUGGGGGUCUCCUGUACUUAUUGUGCUGUCAUUCCAGCAUGCGCUGUUAAAUUCUGUCAGCUGUGUGAAGCCUUUCUCUGUGAAAAACACCUAAAGGUCCACAGCAAGUCGCAAGCACAUGUCUUAUCUCACCCCAACACUUUCCUGGGGACUAGAACAUGCACCAUCCAUAAGAAGAUCCUGGAGUAUUACUGUAUGGAGGACGCUGCCUUUAUAUGCAUGUUUUGUAGGCAGGAUGGAAAACACCAGGGGCAUCAGGUGGAGAAGCUGGAUGAGGCUUCAAAAAAGAAAAAAUACAAAUUGAGUAAUAUUCUGCAGAAAAUGAAGACAAGGAAAUUAGAAGCUAAGAAGAGGAUCCAAAGUCUGCAGGAAAUCAACAGAAAAGCACAAGAUAAUGCAGCUGAUGAAACCAAGAGAGCCACUUCCCUGUUCAGAGACAUCAAGACACAGCUGGAAGAACUGGAGAAGAAAGUCCUGAGCGAGAUCUCCCGGCAGGUGGAGCAGGUCUCUGUCUCAGUUUCUGAUAUGAUCCAGCUAUUGAAAAUUAAGGAGGAUGAGCUGUUCAGCAAGAUGUGUUACAUAGAAGAGCUGUGUUGCAUUUCUGAUCCAAUAACUGUCUUGCAGGAAUCAGACAUGGGUCUCUUGCAUGAUGAUGAUGAAGAAAAAUGGAGAGUUGAUAGACACCUCCAUGAUGGAGGUGAUCUGGAUGUGGCUAUCAUUUCAACCACAUUGCACACAGGUUUGUCUGAUAUUUUGACUGGGAUUCUGGUCCAGAACCAUAAAGAUACACGGCUUUACCCAGGUUCUACUGUAGAGGACAAAGUUCACUUCAAGGCCACUGAACCAUCCAGGUCAGUGUCUGAAACGAACUCAAGCAAACUGCUCAAACAGCAUCAGGCUGGAAGACCAAGUUUUGAGUCUGUACAUAAAAAACCUGGACCGUUGGAGAAAGAUGACAUAUCACUGGAUAUAAAUACUGCUGGUCGUUACAUACAUAUAACUGAUGACAGGAAAACUGCUUCCUGGUCACCAAACCAGAAUUACCCAGAAAAACCAGAAAGAUUUCAGGAUCAGCCUCAGGUUUUAAGCAGUUGGCCUUUCCUCUCAGGGCGACAUUACUGGGAAGUGGAUGUCAGCUGGUCACAGAGGUGGAUAGCUGGGAUGUGUUAUCCCAGUAUAGCCAGAAAAGGUGAUCAGUCACUCAUUGGAAAUAAUAACAAGUCCUGGUGUUUGGAAGGGUGGGAUGGUCGGUGUUCAGUCAUACAUGACAAUGAAGUGAUACAGUUGCCUGAUAGUAUCUCUAGUAAUCAAUUCAAGAUAUAUCUGGAUUACGAGGGAGGGCAACUAUCCUUUUAUGAUCUGUGUUACCCAUUCCAACACUUGCACACCUUCACUGCCAUCUUCACUGAGCCUCUCCAUGUUGUGAUAGCUGUAGGAGAAGAUGGCAGAAUAAAGAUAUCUGGGGUAAAUUCGGACAUGUGA